AUGUCAACUAACGUCGAUCUACCUACUAGGUUUGAAGUUGAAUUAGAAUUUGUCCAGUCAUUAGCCAAUAUUCAAUAUGUCACCUACUUAUUCACUCAAAAGACAAUCAGCUCUAAUUUUUUGAAUAAAAAUAAACAGAAUGCAGACAAGAAAAAUACAAAAGGAAAUAUUCAAGUUUGGAAAGAUCCUAAGUUCAAGAACUAUUUAAAAUAUUUAGAGUAUUGGUGCUAUCCACCAUAUUCACAAUGUAUAGUAUACCCUAAUGCACUAUUUGUCUUAAAGUUGAUCAAUGGGUUCAUGGAAAAGGCUACUAUCAACGAAGAUGGAUUACUUGAAGGUAUCGAGGAUCUACCAAGAAUUCUCCAAUUACAAGGAGGCCAAUUGAUGAAUGAAAUGGUCGAGAAAUGGGAGAGUUAA